UAUCUGAAAGGCAAAGGCACAGCCGCUUCUACUUGCAAGGCAAUUAAACGACUGGUUUCUUGUGCGCUCUUUGUGAACCAUCAUUUAUCGCUCAAAUUCUGGUAGCAGUCACGCACACGUUCCGCCGGUUUGUCUGGGCGCAUUGGCGAAUCGGCCGCCUAGGAUGCCUAGGCAUUUUUGCCCGCGCCACCUGCGCAACAUGCACCGCCCGCGCUGUGCGCUGUAGUCAUCAUCACACGCGCCUUGUUUGUGAGAACUUCAGCACAAAUGUUCCGACAUAUCUGACCGCCAGUGAGUCGUCAGUGUUGAUAUUGCGUGAUGCGCGGUCAGGACGGCGGCUAUGAAGGCGGCGUGAAGUGCCUCACAGUUGGAUAGCUGAAGGAAUGAAGCGCCAAAUCCAUUAAAUUGCAAAUGCAAUGCAGAACCUUGCCCUGCAAUUUUGCGACGUCCAGGGAUGAGCAUCAAGGACAGCCCCCAUAUCGCCUAUUUGCUGUCUGCUCGCUGCACGCGAACAGCUGCGCUUCAGUCGACACGGUGAAUGCUGUGAAGACGUACGCUAUCGUUUGAAUGCCCUGUGAGCUGGAACACCCUUUUGCCAUGGCUCCACUGAAGAUUCGCCUUUUGAAGUUAAUUGCUAUUGUCAUUGUGAUAGCAUUCCUUAUACUUUACUGGCAGAGCACCAGGACUCUUGACAGGACACCUGUUGAAACAGUGCAAUGGGUGGCUGAUGUGCUUACUGAUCCACCAACCACAGCAGCUGCAACUCAUACCAGCUUUCAAGAGAGCCUACGAUUGCCACCUAUCCAGUUUGAUGAGCGCAUAGUGCAUUUUGACCUGAAAGGUGCACCACCUAAACUUGAGUACUAUGAUGCAGUGUUUCCCCUGUUGCACAAGCUUGGAGCCACUGGACUUUUAAUGGAGUAUGAGGAUAUGUUUCCUUACACAGGGAUGCUCAGUCCUCUUGCAGCCACUAAUGCAUACAAGGAGGCUGACAUAGCUCAUAUCUUGUCUGCUGCUCGUGCCAAUCAUUUGCAGGUGAUUCCACUGGUGCAAACAUUUGGCCAUCUUGAAUUUGCACUUAAGUUGCCAGAAUUUUCAGAUCUUCGAGAAUUGAGUCAUAGUCCUCAAGCGAUAUGCCCCUCACUGAAUGGAUCUCUCAUCCUGGUAAAGGCUAUGCUUGACCAAGUGCUCAAUUUGCAUCCUAAUGCUCAGUAUGUGCAUAUUGGUUGCGAUGAGGUUUACUCAUUAGGACAGUGCACCCGCUGUGAGAGGCACAUGAAUGUGGCAAACAUCACGAAAGAUAGGCUUUUCUUAGAGCAUGUAGAGAAAGUUGUAGCUCAUGUGGCCCAAUAUGGGGUUCGUCCCAUUAUGUGGGAUGACAUGUUGCGUAGCAUGGAGGCGAAUGAUGUACAGCAGUGGGGUGCUGCUAACCCUGUAGACCUUAUGGUCUGGCAGUAUUCUCCAAACAUAACCAAGUAUGUGGAAGACCAGCACUGGCUAAAAUAUGCUCGUUUCCAAGGGCUGUGGAUAGCAAGUGCCUUCAAGGGGGCUACAGGUCCAAAGCAGUUGCUUCCAGACAUCAAAUACCAUUUAAGAAACCACCAUUCGUGGCUGGAAACACUUAACAACCACAGGGAACUGCUCAAUAUACGUGGCAUUGCAUUGACGGGGUGGCAACGGUACGACCACUUUGCUACACUUUGUGAGCUUCUGCCAGCAAGCAUGCCAUCCUUGGCUGCCAACUUGGUAUACCUGCAGCAUGGGUGUUUAGAUCAGGUGGAGCUGUCUCAAAUUAAGGAACACUUGCAGUGUAAUAGACAGCUGCCCGUUUUUGAUGAUGGAAGCAGCCAUUUGCUCUUUUGUCAGUUCCCUGGUGCAAAGGUACUCACAGGAAUCCAGCAGCUUGUGACACUAUACAAUCAAAAGAAAGUGAUGGAAAAAAACAGUCAUUAUGUUGGAUGGCUAGAUAGCUAUCAUGUUCGACUGUCAUUUGUCAGUCCCGAUCACAUUGUCGAGGCAACCAAGAACCUGACUGAGCUCCUGAGCACAUCGAAGCAUCUGCACAAGUUCCUGGGUGAUGCAAUGUCUCAAUUGUAUGAUGUGCAUACUGUGGUAGAGUGGAUAGGUACAUUUCUUGAUCCACUGCAUGCUGAGCUCACACUACUUGAACAGCAGGUCCAGCGGCUACUUAAUUAUAGCGUAUGGCCUAGGAGACCUCUAGAACAGGUAACAUGAAUUAUUACAGAAAUAUGUGGGUUGGUGUUACAUUCUAAACUAAGACAAGGUCAGCAGUCGUUAGAGCUUGGGAAAUUGAAUUUUAUAUUGAUAAUUCAUGUAUUUACACCCAUGAGCCCACAUGCACUAUUGGAGGAAGCUUCCUGUUACUAUAUGACCCUUUGUGUGUGCACCUCCGUCCUUCUCCCUGCUUAGCCAUUGCUCCAUUCUCAUGUCCACUUGAGGCACUUUUAUUUUUUACUGAAACCAGUAUACACAGGUGUUUUUGUAUUUCACAUUCACUGAAACAGUGUCCCUGCAGCAGGUUACAGUCCAGUAUGCCACAAAAGAUGUAUAAUUAGGGUAAGAAGCAAUGUUGAAAUUGAUAGGGGAAAGACAACACCAGGAGAUGUUGAAAUCUAAGGCCCAUAGCAUUGUGUUACAUGAUUGUGCUGUACCAACUGAAGCAUGUUAAUUGCUUUUUUUCCUCUUUUAUUGCUUCAUUUAUGAGUAAGCUGCAUGUAUAUUAUGAAAUAUGCAUAUAACUUAUUUAAAUGUGUUAACAAACAGUACUCUUGACAAAUGACUUAUACUUGAGGCUGCAUAGUGUGUGAUUGGAGUUGGGGACAGAAACCUAGACGGGCUUCUCUUGGUUUAAUUAUGGUAUCAAGGAUGCCAAAUUGGAAACUCCCACUGUUCAAUUGGCUGCUGGGUACUUGUGAGUGCGAGGAUCAAUACGAUCCAGUCCUUACAGGUGCCUUUUGUUUCUAUUUGUUUCUUUUACUACACCUUCACACUAUAUUUGAGUGACAUUCUUUACAUAAGAAAUCAUAUGAAGAAUCUGGCUAUGAAGCUAAAGAAAGUAGUGGGAAAAUGAAUUGCUUUGUUUAAUUGAAAUGACUUGUCAUAGUGGCUUUGAUGUUGCACUGCUAAACCCAAGGGUGCAGGAUCAAAUCUCAGCCACGCUGGCCACGUUUUGCUGAGGGUGAAAUGCAAAAAUGCCUGUGUGUUGUGCAUUGGGUGCAGGUUGAGGAAUCUCAGGUGGUCAAAAUUAAUUUGGAGCCCCCCACUACGGUGUGCCUCAUAAUCAUAUUGUAGUUGUGGCACGUAAAACCCCAGAAUUUAAUUAAAAUUAAUUGAAAUGUGGGUAUAAGAUAAAGGGAAAUGAAUGUAGACAAAUGUAACUUGUCACAGACGAGCGCUGAACCUACAUCUUCCACAUGACACAUGCAGUGCUUGCCAAUUAAAGCGCAGCAACACCCUCCCAACUACUUUAUUGGGUAUAUUUGUAUGUGUAGAAGAUUAACCCUAAGAGCAUUAGCCAGCGCUGCCCCUGGCCACAGUGGAGGACUGACAAAAGAAUCGAACCCACGAUUCCCCUUUUUCUUAACACUCUUAAACAGGUAGCCCAUUCCAUGACCUCUUUGUUCAUACUCCUCAAGGUUGUAUGUACUUGUAGCCUAAAAUGUCGUAAGCAGUACCCUUUGGUGCCAUCUGCUUUACUGCCACAGUGUAUUCUGAUUCACUAAACAAUUAUCACAGCAGCUUGCCUACUUAUGUGGCAGCUUAGCAUAUUCCUUAUCUAUGUGUCAGCAUGAUGGAAAGCUUUUUUUUUUUUAGAUGCAAGUAGUACAGGUCAUGAUUUGAUAUCCAUAUUUGGUUUUUGCUAUAUGUUGUGCUGUUUCCAGCUUGUGUUCAAUUUUUUAGAGUGCAGCUCCUAGGUGCCCAUUCCUGCGUUGAGCAUCGGUAUCGGCGUAACCGAGUGAACAUGGAGCGCAGCGGGGGAUGAAAGAUGGCAUUAGCAAAGAGAGUGCGAAGAGGAAAGUGGAAGAAGAGGGUAGGUCAAAAGCAUGAGAAGAAAAGCGUAGUGCCGCCCAAGAUGGUCUCUGCGGUGACGACCGCUAUGAGAUGGCAUCAAAGUAGUGCGCCAUCAUCUUUUCACUGAUGGCAAGCAGCGAGUGCAUCCACUGAUACUAAAUAUGGAAACAAAGUGCUGCAUGAGCAGAGUUCUGUUUGCGGCGGCUGCUGUGAAUCGCGCCCGCACGUCACCCAUGCGCUCCCUCUCUCGCAAUCUCCUGAUUAGCAAGGCAGGCGUGCCACACUUCGCUCCAUUUGCAACGUGCCAGACAAGACAGAUUGUCCACCCCAGCCAAUAUAUGGCAAAGUGAAAGCAUGUAUAGAAAUGUGCUCAAAUUUCGCAUUAGCAAGUAUGGUAAUCGUUGGUGAAUUCUUUUAUCCAUGUUUAUGUUGUAUCCAUCAUUUAGCUCUUUCAUGCCCAUAGGCCAUGGGCCCGGACAUGUAGUAUGCAGGCUCUGUACUCGCAAAGCCUUUGCUUGUGGCCCACAUUGCCCUUUCAAGCUUUCACCUCCUUCCCUCUGUAUAGUUGCCUAAGCUUUAAUUAAUGUUCUGAAUCCUUGAAGCCCCACAGUGUGACCUACAAAGAGCUAUGGGCUAAGCAUGUGGCAAAGUUCCAGGCUUGAACUUGAGAGCCUUGCGAUAAUCUUUUGUUUUGGAACAAAAAUGCAGAAAAAAAAGGUGAGGCAGUGGUGCAAAAACAGGUAUACCAAAGCUAGGGCAACUAGACAGUGUUUCUGUGUCCUGCCUAGGUGUCCCUGUUUUUUUUUUUGUGUGUGUGUGUGCUUUUGAUCCAAGAUGGAUAUGUUCCGACGCCCAGUUUGCGUUUGUUCCAUAGUCUGCUUUCUUGCAUAAUGUCCUCUACGGUAGUGGUUCAGCUCCCACAAAGUUCUUUAGGCUGUUUAUUCAUGCCAGAAGCCCAUGCACAUUUGAGGUCAAUCUGCUAUGGAUUGCUUGUAGGUCUUUUUCUCCAGGACUAGGCUGUACAUUUUGUGAAGUCAAUUUUAUGGGUAUAUGCACCUGUCAUUUGGUUUCACUAGCUACUCUGCAACAAAACUUCAUGCUGUGAUGUUUAGAGCUCUGUACAGUAACUUGGGUUGGUGCUUUACUAGCUGGUGCACUCAUUGGAACACUUGUCUGGAGCACUUUAACAGCAAGCUUUGGCCUGAGUGGGUGACGUCUUCUGAUAACUUUACAUCUGAGCGUGCAUCAUCACUCAAGAGAAAAGUGUAUAAUAGCUGUGUCUUACCAGUACUCACCUACGGGGCAGAAACCUGGAGGCUUACGAAAAGGGUUCUACUUAAAUUGAGGACGAUGCAACGAGCUAUGGAAAGAAGAAUGAUGGGUGUAACGUUGAGGGAUAAGAAAAGAGCAGAUUCGGUGAGGGAACAAACGCGAGUUAAUGACAUCUUAGUUGAAAUCAAGAAAAAGAAAUGGGCAUGGACAGGACAUGUAAUGAGGAGGGAAGAUAACCGAUGGCCAUUAAGGGUUACGGACUGGAUUCCAAGGGAAGGGAAGCGUAGCAGGGGGCGGCAGAAAGUUAGGCGGGCGGAUGAGAUUAAAAAGUUUGCAGGGACGACAUGGCCACAAUUAGUACAUGACCGGGGUUGUUGGAGAAGUAUGGGAGAGGCCUUUGCCCUGCAGUGGGCGUAACCAGGCUGAUGAUGAUGAUGAUGAUGCAUCAUCACACUGAUAGGACUGCCUUAAGCUUUUUAGCCUUGUCAUUUGGCAUGGCUUCCAUUGCUGUAAUUGCCUGUGAUCACUGGUGAACAUGCCGCAAGGCUGCAGAGUAAAAGAGGAGAUGGCACGUCACAAACUUGGUUGAGCAUGUACCAAGAUUUGUUGUCUCCGCUUUUGUUCCAUGGCCCUGUGGGGCUUUCCGUGGUGAUCACUGACAAUUUCAGCAGUAGAAGCUAUGAUGGCCUGCAAGGCAGAAAACAGGUUCAGGCGGUCUCAUCACUCUGGUGGUGCAUGCUAAGAUGUGAGCUAUUGUCAACCAGCCAUUAUUAGUUGCACACACAGUCUAAAGCAUGCAGUUCGAUCACUCUAGACAACAGUGCCAACAACUGCACAUUUGAAAAAUGGUAUGCAAGGAUUUUCGUGUAUUUGUGCUGCCACCUUUGAAUGGGAGAACUGGACGGCUUUUCAACAGAAUUCGUCACAGCCACCACAUUGUUUUGUCCCCCCCCCCCCCCCCCCCCGCUCUUUUUCUUUCUGUGUUUAGUAGGAAGACAGCAAUUCAGUAUAUAACAUACAAUAUGAAAAAUACUGAAUCCGUAAUGUGGCUUGCAAGUGUUGAACACAUUGGAAUACAUUGACAAGUUCCUGGCUUUUGCAUCCCCUAUAUCUUUAUUUUUCCUGGUUGCUGCAGUGCUACAGCCUAGCUGCUCUAAAAUGUCUGUGGACUAGUGUGUGUAGCCUGAUGGGCUUCCAAGUACCAAACAAAAAAGUAGCGAAAUUUCAGACCUCAGAUGACUAAAAAUGGCCAAAAAAACAUAAGAAGAUGCUUAGAAUAUAUGUUGCUCUGUUAAUACUGAAGUUCCCUCUACAGUUGUACCUCUUUAUAACAGAUUUGUAUUUGACAUUAUUUAUAUGCAUAUAUUCACUAUAUGCUAAUAUUGGUGAGAUACAUUUUAGAUUUACUUCAUUAGAUCUGAUAAUUCAUUAUAAUGUACUUUAUAGUAUGGCUCAACUGUAUUUCCACUACCUUUCAUAUCACUGCAAUUGUCACUACAUAUUCUGACUUGAUUUUGUUUGGUGUUGUCAUGAAGUGAAUGGCAAGUUAAAUGCUGUAAAACUGUAUAAGCCUCUGAUUCCUAACUAUAUUGGUGCAGAAACAUUGGAAACUGCAUACAUGCAUGAAAUAUGGAAUCCUACUGCCAUUUCAUUUUUCGUUGAUGUUUUUUUGCUACUGUACUUCAUAUGAAAUGGGCCUUGAGAAAGAGGAGGACGCAGCUUCCUAUUUACUUUUUAAAGAAAAGUUUUAAGGUUGGCACAUUGCUCUACAUUGGUGUUGUAAGUAAAUGCCGUUAGAACUAGUGUGAAAAGAGGCAUGAAUGUUUUAAUCUUAUGUCCUCACAAACUAGUUCUACGCAUGAUCACUAUUGCAGCAUUUAACUAAAUAAGCUUUUUUUGUUGCCCUGUAACGAGUGUUGGAAUGAACAGUGGUAGGGCAUAAUAGGGGGGCAGCAGUAUAUGCUAGGAAGCCAAUAUGGGUAACUGAUGUUCUAGUUCAAAUUUUAAGAUGAAGUGGAGUUUGGCAAAUCAUCUAAGGCAUAGAGCAGCUAACAGGUGGUCUGUUAGAUGAACAGGAUGGCAUACCAAGGAAAUUCAGCCAAGGGUUUCAUAUAAUUAUGUGAUAAAGUUAGAAAAUUUGUUGGCGCAGAAUAGCGUUAGAUGACAGUAGAUAGAAAAGGUUGCAGGAGAUCUCCGAGAGUUGCUUGAUGCGGUCCUGGCAGUGGAUAUAAAUAGGCUGCUGCCACUGAUGAUGAUGAAUUUUAUAGGUAUUUAAAAAAUUCAGCAUGUUUUUCCAUGGAAUGAUAGCAUGUGUUCUUGGAUUUUGUAUGUAUAUUUCGGAAAGGAAAAUAUUUUUUGCAGCAUUGUUAGUUUUCACUGACAAGCCUGCACUUGAGUGAAUUUUAGUAAGGAACAUUUGUGACAAAUGUGAAAAUUGGCAGGUAGUUAGCAUGGGUAAAAUGUAGGCAGGCUUUAGCAUUGGCUCCUUAUAAAGCCUUGGGGAAAGAAGGCAUAAACUAAUGAUACUGUGUAAAGUGUGCCAUUUUUAAAGAUUUCACAUUUAUUAUUGAACUAAUUUAAGAAAAACCGUGUUUCAUAUAAUCAACAUGCAAACUUUAGACUGUGCUCAAUCAUUGGAAACAUGGUUUAGGAGUAGCAUGCACUUAAUUAUUAUUAUUAUUUUUACGUAGAGGUACACUUUUGAAAAACUAAAUUCGUAUGAAUGUUGCUGGAUUAAAAACUUGCAGUGUGCGUAAACGUGCAUGUAUGUACAUAUGUAUGUGCACGUACGCACAUACAUACACGAGAACAAAAAUAUUGUCCAGGCGUACCUGGACCACUUCUGAAUGAAAAUUUUCUGCAGUUAUUUUGAUCGGCAUUUACUGCUUUCCAUAAUAUUUUUUUAUAGUCUCGUUGUAUCUUAUAUCUCUGCUAUAUCAUAUGUUUCUCAGCUACACUUGUCUGUUUCAGUUCAGUCCAAUCUUUUGCCUUCCAUAUUAGUGUUUGAUGGUAAUUUUGCAUUGUUUUCCCAGCUGGUCUGUUGGUAAUGCCUUCAUCUGUGGCAGUCUGUAUUUUUUUGUUAUUUGGAAGAUGCUGCAACUGUAGCCCUUAGAUAAUAACAUUAAGAAAGUAAAAUACUGUGAUUUGUAUAACUGUGUAUUGCUUUAUUCGGACUGAUUUAAUACAUCCUCGGUGUAUAAACAGCAAACAGCCCAUUGUUAUAUCCAAUCAUUGUUGCUAGAGGCCUACACUGCUGGUCUUUCUUUCUUACUCUUCUUUAUUCUGCUUUUUAAAAGCUCUGGUUAGCUUUGAUGUGAAUGUGGAUUCCAAAUGACAUAAAUUGAGUUCAAGCUGUUUAUGGCUAUGUCAUUCUCACACCUGCUGUGGCAGCCAUUUACGUAGUAGUCAUUUCCCUUCACACAUCGCAAUUUUUGUGUCAAUCGUUAACUGAAGUGCCUUCCUAGAUAUAAUUGUUGCCAAAUACUGCAAUGCCUCAGUUUAUUGCAGGGGUUGUAGUUGUAGCACCUAUAAGCACUGCACUUCAAGUCAUUGUGCUGAUCAUCUGCUGUGCUGUCUUGUUAUCAGUAUGCAUAGGAAAUCCAUGGGCAGAAAUUUUCAGUGACUUAUGCAUGGAUCACUUUUGCAUGCAUACUAGCCUGAGGCGUACUCUUUUCUGUAAAAAGAAAAUUGUAUCAUAGCUAGCUUGAUAUUUGACUCCUAUUCAGGCAGAUACUUCUUUAUAUUCUGAGAAUAUUUAUCAUUGUUGAUCCUGUUCUCAAAAGUAUUAAUCUUACAAACUGGCUGCAGAUGUCCACAUAUUAGAUAUACCUAUGUGUGGGAAAUACCACACAAGGUGUUUGUAAAAUAUCUGGCACUAUUAACAUCUCUCAACACGCGUGCUGUCCAGUUCUGGUCUUGCUACAGUGUGACAGGUUUAUAUACCUAUUUAGCCGCUAACCUGUCAGAAUUUGUUAAUUUCAUUAUACUGCACAAUGAAAUAUCUUUCUGGCUUCUUUAUAAUUAUAUUGAUCUUUAUAAUUUUAAACGAAGCUACCUUGGUGGUGUUGUCAGGCAGUUUUUUUUUUAUAAAAGUGCAAUGAUUGUAGGCAUUGAGAGACAAUGAUCAGAGAUGGUAUUAUUGUUUGAUUUUUGGUGGUCGUGUAGACUAGUUAAAUUUGUUCUGAGGUUUCUACACUGUGGCAUUAAUCGUUGGUCACUUUUAUGUGCUCCCUUAGUUUGUCUCUCAUAAUUUGUGCUGGUCUGAACAUGUGUAACAAAAUGUGUGGCCCUACUGACUGCCUUGUGAUUGUGCUAUGGGGCUUGCUGAAAAGCCCGGCCACCACUUGCACUGCUAUGGUAUAGCCGCAAACUGUCUGACAAUGAAAGCGAAAUUAAAUGACUCGGCUCGCUUUGAUGGCACAGCUGGUUUUAUCACUGCAACUGGCUCUUUCUAAACUUACUUUAGCAUUUAUUGAGGCAAAACUUUGUUGUUUCUUACUUCACACUCGCAUGAGAAAAAAAAAAAAUGACAUGACAGUACUUGUGCCAUACAUCAUGCUGUAUCUGUUGGUUUUUAUCAGCCCACUGAAGCUUUGGGCCUGUUCUGUCAUUGAGAGGGAAACCAGCUUGAAAUAUCAAGUGCUGAUACCUCCUCUUCUGGCACGAAAUUGUUCAGUUGUUCAAUCUUGAGCUUGAGUGAGACAGUUAUGGUGACCAUGGUGGCAGAUCACCCUUUUCCACCCUUAGCAACCAUUUUCCUUCACUUGUACUAUGUUGUCUUUUAUAUACUGCGCAUUUAUAUGUUUCUAGCAAUACUUGCUGUUUCAAUAAAUAUGUCAGAAACUUGGAUCCACAUGUGCUUGGACAAAAACAGUAUUAUAUAACUUCACAGGUCUCUUGUAUAUAGUUUUCUCAGAGUGUGGUAAACUAUAACCUGUAGUGCAGAUGCUGUGGCAUUGCCUUUGUGCAACAUAGUUAUUGUUCAGACUAAAUGAAAAUUAAUAUCUUCUAAUGAAGAGUUCCAUGACAGUUGAAGGCGUGUGCAGAAGUUAGUCUCCUAUGCUGCUAUGUGAAAAUAUUUCAGCAGUGUCGCCCCCCCCCCCCAUUUUUUUUCAUGUAAACAGAAGUAUAUAAUAUGUUUAACAUCUUUUCAAAGCAGUAUAUUAUCUAUUGAGGCACUGAAUGUUGCAGUUGUAAUUAGGUUGCAUUGCACUCAGUAGUGUUAGCUUUAUGCUACAGAAUGCAAUCUGAGCAUUGUACAGAAUAGUUUGAGUUCUACCAAUGCAAAGGUUUUUAUUCUUCUAUGAUGCUGAAUUAAUUGUAAUUUACACGUCUCGAAUACUCUGCCACUUAGUCGGACCUGUGCAGAACAAGAAGUUGGUGUAAUUAACUCUUGUAAUGCCUCAUAUUGUACAGAAGCCUUAAGACAAUUUUAUACUGGUCAUUUUUAUGGGUGGACGUCUGUGACAUUGUCUUAAGGUAUUUUAUAGUGCUGUACUAUAACGCUGCUUAAUUAAGCAAUUAAAAAAAUUGCCACCUGUUAUAACAGCUCAUUAACUGAAUCUUUUUCUUUUUAAUUUUCAAAAAUAAUUGACUUGGUACUUGUGUUUUUUGCAUAAAUGAAACAUUAUCUAUAACUGAAGUAUUGGCUUUGGGUUCUUACAUUUUAUAUGUCUUUUGGGAAAUCAGGGGCAAAGCUACUCAAUAUGACAGUAUUUGUGUUAAUGCUUGUACUCAUCUAAUGUUGUUGACUAACCCAAUGAAGUGUGUACAGUUUGCUUUUUUUUGUAGCUUAUGGUCACUGCAAUGGUGAAACGAAAGUGUGACUGCUUCCAGAGCUCUUGCAAUUUGGAGUGUUUUGUGUAAAAUCCUCAUGUGUAGUACCAAGCAUCUCUUGCAGUCUGUUUGACAAAGGACUAUGCACCUACUUCAAUUCUUAAUAAAGAGUACCGUAAACACA